CAAAUGUUUUGUUUGGAUUUUAAGUCAAAAUUUUUUGAUGAAAUGAAAAUUAUGUUUGAAAUGAUUUAAUGACAAGAUAUGAAUCAAAGUAAUUAUAAUAUAAGACAUACAAGACUUGGAAGACAUAAAACACAAGACAUGAGUGUCACGAUUGAUGUGAACGACGUGUUUGAAGAAGUGGUUAAACAAAAUGAAAGACUUGUCAAAGAAAUUGAAUUUUAUGAAGAAGUGGUCAACGAUUUGAUAACAAAUGUUAAGACAUGUAUUGUUUGUCAACAAAAUGAUGUCUUAAAUGACAGAAUCAAUCGAUUGGAGAAAUACUUGAAGAGUAAGUCAAUCGAUAACUCAACUGAUUUUAAGAGUGAAUGCAAUAAGAAAUUGAAAACAAAUGUGAAGACAAAGACAUUAAAGAAUAGGAGGAAUACAAAGAAAAGACGUGUUGAAGAUGUGACAGAUAUUGAUAGUUAUGAACCAACAGAUAUGACAAGUGAUGACAAUGAGUCAGAUAUAAGUUGGACAACAAAUGUCAAAACAAAGACAUCGAAGAAGACUAGGAAUACAACUAAAAGACGUGUUGAAGAUUUGGAUGAUAUUAAUAACAGUGAACCAAAUGAUGAAACUUUAGAUUAUCCGAAACCUAGAGAUACUUUAAAAGUUGAAUCACUUAUCAAUAAUGACUACAAAAUCACAAAAACUAAAGUUAAGAUACGAAGUGUACGAAAACCGAGAGCUAAACCAAAACGUCGUUUAGAAGACAGCAGUGAAAGUGAUUAUGAAUCAGAUGGCGAACAGUUGCCGGAACUGAUAAGCGAUGACAAACCAUAUAGUCUUGAAUAUGAAAUGCAAAGAGAUUUACUCAAAGACAAAACACGUAUUAUAGGUAUCGGUAGUGGAUAUCGAUGCCAGUCCUGUAUCUAUCAAAACAGUGAAUUUCGUGCUUUGGAGAAACACAUCAAUCGACAUCAUCUGAAGAUUAAGCCAUUCAAGUGUCGAGUUUGUUGUAUUGGUUUUUACUGUCUGAGUGAUUGUAUACAACAUUUGAGAAAACAACAUAAUAUUGUCAGCGAUGCCAUUAAGAUGAGUAACACAUAUAACAAUUAUGAUGUAAUUGAUGAAACAAUUACUGAUGAGAAACCAUAUAGUGAUGAAUAUGUGGAACAAUUGCGAGCACUCAAAGCCUCUUCACGUAAAAGUGAUGGCAGAUAUCAUUGCAAAGAUUGUGAAUACCAUAGUUCAGAAUUUGUUGGUUUUGAGUCACACGUCAAUCGACAUCAUCUGAAGAUUACGCCAUACAAAUGUCAUCUCUGUCCGAAUCGCUAUACCGGCAGACAUAUACUAAAUAAACACAAAAAAGAUGGCCACAAACAUACCAGAGAUAGUAAACUAUUACCGACACAAUCAUUCAAGUGUUCCUAUUGUGACGACUAUACUGCCAUUAGUUUGGGAAAACUCGAGCAACACAUUACACGCACCCAUUUGCACGUGAAAUUUGAUACCAAAGAAGUCAAAUGUACGACCUGUGGAAAGUCGUAUAGUAGCGAGAAUUCGCUGCGCACACACCGGCAUAUCAGUCACGGUGUCGGCAGAAAUUUGAUUUAUAUCAAAUGCGAUUGGCCCGGAUGUUCAUUUAAGACACACAAUAAAUCAUUGUUGAUCACUCAUCAUAAACGACAUAUAGGUGCCAAAGAGUUUGCUUGUGAAUGGCCCGGUUGUGACUACCGGUCGAUCACCAAAAUCGAUAUGAACCGACAUAGCGGUUCCGUACACACUCAACUGAGACAGUACCCGUGCCAAUGGCCCGGUUGUGACUAUAGCGGUAAAAUUGAACGGCAUUUACAACAACACACACAAAGAGCACACGAGGACAGACCCUAUGCUCACGUGUGUGAUUGGCCCGAAUGCGGUAAAAAAUUUCGGUUUAAAAAUUUGUUAACAAGACAUAUGGAGUUACACAACGAACCGCAUAUUCCCUGUUCAGUCUGCGGUAAACUGUUUAAGUCGAAGAAGUAUUUGAAAGAUCACAUGCAAUCACAUACGGGUCGCAAAUCAGUUAUGUGUCCAGUCUUUGGAUGUAAUACAAGGAUAUCGUGCAAACCUAAUCUCAAAUCACAUCUUAGGGUACAUCAUAAGGAUUGGUCCGGAAAUUAG